AUGGAAAAUAAUAAUGAGCCUGCUGCUGGUAGUGGUGGGAGAACUUGGGAGAAGUACUCAGUGCCGUUUUUCUUGAAGAGGGUACUAAGGGAGGAGUUGGGAGAAGACCGUAGCAAUCACAAGCUCUUGGAGAUUUCUGUACACGCUGUGCUCUUAGACUCCGGUUUCGUUCGGUUGGAUUUAGUUCAGGGUAUGCGGGCCAAUCAGGUUUCGUACACGGUGCCUCAGAUUCUGCAACAUCAGGGCAAUAACGGUAAUAGGGUUGAAGCAGUUGUAUUGGAGUUUCGUAAAUGGCGUCAAUUCAUGAAUGUUUAUGGGUCAUUCGCCAGUGGUGGUUCUACGUGUUAUCGGCUACGUAUGGACAACAAAAGAUUUGCUCCGGUGAUUGAAUCUGUUUGGGAAAACAGAAAUAUGAAUGAGAGAGAUGAGUUAGUUUUAGAAAAGGAAGUUUUGGAGUUUUGGAGGAUUGUGAAAGAUGGGAUCGCAAUGCCAUUGCUGAUUGAUCUUUGCACGAAGGUGGGUUUGAGCGCCCCAUCGAGCCUCAUGUGCCUUCCAAUGAAGAUUCUAGAAUCACUGCGUGGUGUUGCUAUUGCCAAAGUGGGUCGUGUUUGUAAGGAGCUGCGAAAUCUUGCUAGUAAUGAUGAGUUGUGGAAGAAGAAGUAUGCUGAGGAGUUUGGGGACUGUAUUGCGGCGCUGCCGGCUCCUGCUGCGGGAGACGGAAGCAGAGCUGAAGACAUAAUUAAAAGGAGGAAAUACUGCAAUUAA